UUGAAAGGGAAAUUAAACUUCAAGAAAUUAUGUGUUCUUACAACUUUGAAGAGCAUGGGCAAUCUGUAGGGUCAAAUUGUGGAACAGUCUGAGCAUUGAACUCAAAGUACAAACAUUACAUCGUUCAAGAAGAAGUACAAAGGACUGAUUAUCAAGAUAUAUAGGAAUGAUGACGAGUUGUGUUAAGUUUUAGCUAUUUCUAAACAUUUCUUAUUAGUUUUUUUUCACUUUUCUUUCUAUGACACCGAUUAUCUAUUUGGGUUAUGCGUAGCAUUGAGAUCUGUUUAUUCUUGGUACAUGACAUUGGGGUGUGUUUUUCUUUCUCUUUCUCUCGUUUUUUUAUGUGCUUUUUCUCUUUUUUCUUCCAUUGCUCAGAGUUUGUAUCGUGCAGCAGAACUUGCAUUGUAUUUGAACUAUAUAAUAUAGUGGGAAUUGAGUUUGUAAUGUAUAGUAGCUGAAUUAACUUAAGAGUAGGUGAGAAGGGGAAGGGGAAAAAUAAGUAUAUACUUCCUCCUACUCUUUUUCCAGCAUGUAACAAAUAAUCUGAUGCAUAUGUUGAUUUGUUCACUGUGUUUGAGGUGUGAAUUUGUUGAUCACUUCAUAUUAUUGGAAAUGGCUUAUCUGUAUGUUAUAUCCUGCUUAUUAUUUACUUGUUUGAAAAAUAUCAUCAUUCGUUCAUUCAUGGUCGGAUUAAGGACUGGACGUUAAAGAUAAUGUAAUGAAAAUAUGUUGGAUAACAUUCCACUUUGUGAAUGAAUGAAUUACUUUUUGAAAUUAUUUUUGGAAUAAUGGGGGAAAAAUUGAUAUCAUAAAAUAGUUCCCUUCAGCUUUGCAACGCAAAGUUCAUAGCAUUGUGUUGAAAUGAUACACAGCCAAUAAUCAGGCGUGAUCAAAAGGAUCGGGCGUUAAAGACAAUGCAAGGCAAAUAUGUUGGAUGAAAAACUACCGUGUGAAUGAAUGAAUUCAUUUUGGAAUCAUGCAGUCUUUUAUUUUGUCACUUCCCUCAAACCUGAGGAAAGCUAUGACGAACUACCCAACCAAUGCGGAAGAAGCGGAGCACGCGCUGUAGGGACUGAGGCUGCGCAGAGGCAGAAAGCUAAAUCAUGUUAGACAAGAGGAGUUUCGGUCGUCGCCAUUCUUCAACAAUGUCAUCUGCUGCUAUAUAUGUAUUCCUUCUGAUCUGGUGCCUCCCAGCAAGGGCCGUUUUAGUCCUUGCAGACCUGGCCAAACCACAGAAUGUGACCAUGAUCACACUAAACACGCAGUACAUCAUCAGCUGGGACUGGGAUCAACAUUCUGCGGAGAAUCAUACCGUGACCUUCACAGCACAGUACAUGGCGAAGUACAGGUGGGAGAGGAAUCUAAUUGACUGGAUCACGGUUUGUGAGAGAACACGACAUACUGAGUGUGACCUGACUGCCUUGGACCUGCACUACUUUGCAAUCUACGUGCUCCGCGUGCAGGCCAAUACAGACAAGCAGGAUUCCGACUGGGUCCUCAAGGACUUCUGCCCCGAUAAAGAAGCUGCCCUGGGCCCUCCAUCCAAAGUAGACCUUUCUCUAGCUGGCAGCCUCUUGGACGUGUCCAUCUCAGAUGCCCUAACCAGCACCAAUGGCUCCAUGAAGGAGCUUCAGCCCAUGAUGUACUACCGCAUCAUCUACUGGGAACACUCAGCAGAUAAAAAGGCCCUGAGAACCAAGAUGGUGGACAGCAGCGCCAACUUGGUGACCUUGCCAGAUCUGAAGGCAUGGACCUGGUACUGUGUGAGUGUCCAGUCGGUCUGUGACUACUACAACAAGAGCAGCAACUACACCGCACCCCUUUGCUUGCAAACUGAAGGUGCCACUCCAUGGUGGCAGAUUCUGCUGUACUUUGCUGCCUCUCUGCUGCUCUGUUUCCUGGGAGGGCUCCUCCCCUUCUACGUCUUCUUCCAAUGCUACAGGAUCCUAAAGCGCACCAUGUAUCCCUCCAUCCAGCUGCCUGUACACAUUCUGGAGUACCUUCAUGACUUCUCCCCUGGUUCUGACGUGCCUCGCCUCCUAACCCCAGACUCAGAGCCUGAGCUGAUAUGUGAUAGGGUGAGCAUCUGUCCAGAGGCAGGGCUGCUGGAAAUCCACAUCCCUCCCCAUUUUGAAGCCCUCACAGAGUCCUCUUCAGGGAUGGAGCCAGACAGCAGUGGCAGACACAGUCGUCAGAACAGCGGGGACAGCAAAGAUUCUGGGAUGUACUCCACAGAGGGGGGUUCUGCCCUGCGACAGCAACCCGGCAGCAAGGACUCCUCCAUGGGGAUAGAGGUCUCCUGGCAGGACCCCUCUCUGGAGCAGGUCAAGAUGCAGGACAUGGGCCCAGAGUCCAGGGCAGAGGCUGUGAUCCCGGAUGAGGGUGUCAUCGACAUGUGCUUCUGAAUAAAUAGACAUCCGACAGAUGAGAGGAUGGAAAAGACUUAUGUUCAACAAGAGAAGGGUUUUAUGAGAAGAUGAAUAUUUCUAGAAGUCUGCACCCUUUUUUGUGUUCUCAACAACCUCAACUCGCACUGUGAAGACAGGAGGAUUUAACCACGUUUUGUUUUGUUUUUUUUUUAAAGAAAAAACAAAGUAUAAAAACAAAAACUGAAAUUGGUAAGGGAAAGUAACCUCCUGAAAAGGCAGAGAGUGAGUGAUAAACUGUUACAGAACAUAGCCAGAAUCUAAUGUGCGUCCCCUAUUUGCAUUGCAUUUACACCUGGCUAUUUCUGGCAUAGAUCCGAUCACAAUGCAAGCCAGAAUACCUCUGGAGGUGGCCUUGUGAAGCCCACUCAUUGCCUACUGUAUGCACUUACACCUUGCAUUAAUGUGUGUUUUCCUUCUACAAGAAAUAUACCCAUGUACAGAUUGUAUGAUGGCAGUGUACGGAAAUGGGGUCUAUAUGCCACCAGAGCUUUUUGUAUGCUGGUUUGUCAUUCCAGUCAGUCACUAUGACAGCGAAUCCAAUCAACCCAACUUCAACAAGAGAGUUUGGAAGUAUUGAUAACAAACCUGCACAUAGCUCAUGGUGUAGGAGAGGUUAAGGAAAACCCUUUGCUGAUCUAUUUGAAUGCAUCAUUCUUUGCCAUAUGAAAGGAUUAGGGAGCAUCCAGAGGUAGCUUCUUGCUUAUCAAUGAUUCCCUCGCUCCUUCAUCCCUCUCCUCUCGCCCUCUAGCACCCGCUGUCUUACAGUUAUGUUGCUGUGCCUUGGUUAGUACACAAGUUUCGAAACAAUCUUAAAGGUGAGAGAGUUUACUCUGAGGAUCACAGGCCAGUAUUUGUCAGUGGAAGUCAUUUUACCUGUGGUUAUCCAAAGCAUUAUGUCAAAUAUUAUGUACUUGUAAAGUAUCGAUGUGCUUCUCAAUCCAAGCCUGAUUUUUAGUCAUAGGGAAAGGAAGUAUGCCAGUUUCUCCGUAAACAUGAGUAUACUUUCCACAUCUAGCUGUAGUUAUCUAAAGGUGAUGCUGGUCAUUGCCAACCAAGGCCAAGUCCUCCUUCCACAGCAAAGGUUUAUAAAUGUUUCUUAGAUUACCAUUAGACUAAUGUGCAUGCGUGCGUACAUGUGAUGUCUUUUUUUGGGGGGAGGGAGAUUCCCCCUUUUUCUCCCCAAUUGUAUCCGGCCAAUUACCCCACUCUUCCAACCCAUCCCGGUCGCUGCUCCACCCCGUCUGCCGAUCCUGGGAGGACUGCAAACUACCACACGCCUCCUCCAAUACAUGUGGAGUCACCAGCCACGUCUUUUCACCUGACAGUGAGGAGUUUCACCAGGCGGAUAUAACGCGUGGGAGGACCACGCUAUUCCCCCCAGUUCCCCCUCUCCCAUGAACAGGUGCCCCGACCGACCAGAGGAGGCGCUGGUACAGCAACCAGGACACAUACCCACAUCUGGCUUCCCACCCACAGGCACGGCCAAUUGUGUCUGUAGGGACGCCUGACCAAGCCGGAUGCAACACAGGGAUUCUUUGUGAUGUGUUUUUCUGCUCGUGUAUUUGUGUCUUUACAUUGAGGAGCAAAUAAGUUGUGUACAUCCAUCUCACUGAACAGCAGUAGAGUUUAUUUCAUGGUAAAAAAUGUGACUGUGUGUUCCUUUGCCCGUUUGUUUUCAUUUAAACAAAAGAAUUAAGGACUGAAUCAAGAUUUCUCUCUGUCUGUCUGUAUUGGUGUUAAUCUGGCUGUGUGUCUGUCCACUUUGCCCUGUGUGUGUGUGUUUCUAGUCUGAAAGUAAACAAGAAAUACAGCGAUACAUGAAAGUGUCUUCUAUUCAAUUCCACCUGCAAAUAAUGUGUUUAAUCAUUUUUAUUUUGAAAGUCAAGGUUUUUGGUUCAUUUCCCAUUGCUCAUGUCUGCAUGUCUGUAAGAGGACCUUUCACUGGCUGUCUUGGAGAGACUUAGAAAAUGUCUCAUGUGUUGUCUUAUACGUUGUUCUUUUUGUUCUGUCGGUUAAUGAUUCUUAUAGAAUCAUGAAAACGUUACUAUUUCAUUUUAGUUGUUUCUCAAUUCUUGCAUCUCUUAUUAUUUGUGAUGCUAUCAAUGAUUGUAAUGGUCUGUCUUGAGUAUCAAAGAGGAUAAGGAGAAGGCACUGUUUAUGUAUUUUCACAAUUGGAAUGAGAUGCAAAUGUGCUCUUUAAUCUUUAGUUUCAGUGGUUUAGGAUGAAAGCUUCACUGGAAUUGAACUCCCUUCUUAACAUUUACAAUCCCACAGAAUGCUUUUGCACUUUUGCUGACAUUUUUAGAUCCCUGUCUUAAGCUACGUACAGUCUAUCAGUCUCGUUAUUCACCAAGAUUUAAAGAAGUGCACUGAUCUUUUGUGUUAAUCUGUGAAACAGGAAAGUGGUGCUUCUAUUCUGUAUAAACAGUUAUACAUAGUAUAUAGUUCAUUCAACAACUACAACUUUCAUCCGCUUAAGCUUUACGACAUAAAAUCUAAGUGUUAAUUGCUUCUUUUUUGUAAAGCUUCAUUGCUAAUGCAUGUUGGUGACAUUUUAGGCAGAAUAGCAGACUGGCAAAACUGACAGUAAUUGGGAUGAAAUGGGAGCGAUUGUGCAGGACGGGGGCGGGUGGGGGGGUGGAUAUCAUGACACAUAACACAGCCCAGCACGGUGGCCCAGUGGUUAGCGCUGUUGCCUCACAGCAAGAAGGUCCUGGGUUCGAACCCCAGGGUUGUCCAACCUUGGGGGUCAUCCCAGUUGGUCCUCUGUGUGGAGUUUGCAUGUUCUUUCCGUGUCUGUGGUGGGUUUUGUCCAGGUGCUCCAGUUUCCCCCACCAUCAAAAGACAUGCAUGUUAGGGUUAAUACUUCUGUCUGUGCCCCUGACCGAGGCAUGGCAAGAGGAACUGGAGUUGGUCCCCGGGUGCUGCACGGUGGCUGCCCACUGCUCCUAGCUACACAGCUGGGAUUGGGUUAAAUACAGAGGAGGAACUGCUGCACAGGGAUUAAUAAAGUAGUAAAUGAAUAAAUAAAAUAACUGACAGAUCUGA